AUGCCACCGUCAGCCUUCACAUCCCAAGCCUGGCAAGACCCAGCUGGCACCAGCUCCGCCCACUGGGCAGUCCCAGGCACUGCCCACGCGCGGGGGGAGGGGUGUGCUGGGAUUGGCCCGCUCUGCUCCGGGCACAGCUUCCUAUUGGCCGUGGCGCCGAGCACGCGCGCUCCAGUAGUGCGCGCAGGUACAAGUCUGGCCAAGUCCCGGGUCUCCAAGAGCAUCCCAGCUGCGCGCUCGCACAUGGGGGCUGCGGCGCCUUCACUCCUGGAUCCGCAUGUGCAACCAGCCCUGGCCGGAUGCGAGGCAGCUCGGCGUCGGCUGGACUACUGGUCUCCGCCACCCCCUCGUCCUUCCUCCGGCCAGGCUGGGCAUGCGCUGGUGGGUUAG